UUGUUAAUCAGGUCAACAUUACACACAUAUACAUACAUACACACAAACACACACACACACCACCAAUCAAUCUUGGAGUGCUUAACACAUGUACAACCCUACCCUUUCCUCCGCCCUUGGUCCAAAGGCGGGCUCUUUUGUCGAGGGCUCUGCGGAGGUCAAACACACACACACACUCUAAAUCACCAACCAACCAACCAAAUACAUUACUUGAUCAGCAGUAACACAUGUCCCCUAUUUGCUUCCACACCAACAGUCACAACUACAAUUACAACAACAACAAACAAUCAAUCAAUCAAACACACAACAACAAUAACAACAAACAUAUUCAUAUCUUUCCAUCCCAAGGCCUCUUGUGGCCACAUACAUCGCCACAAAAAAGCAGCGCAG